AUGGGUUCCACACUUCACAUUACUGUGAUUGAUUCCCAUCAAGUCUUGAUCAACAGUGUUAGUUCAGAUAUGAAUGUUUUGGUUCAAAGUGAACAACUUUCUUGUCUCUCAGGUUAUGGAUCUUUAUGGAUACCCUCUUCUUCCUCUGCUCUACAGGAGAUGCCAUGUUCCAACCGGUUGACGAAGACAAUGGAGAUGAUGAUUUCGAUGGAUCGUAUCACCGCCGGGGAAGAAAAGGCGGUUAACAGCCACACAAACAGGAAGUUGCAACUUGCAACAGAACUCGGUUUAGAGCCCCGACAAGUUGCAAUCUGGUUUCAAAACCGUCGUGCUCGGUUUAAGAACAAGCGGCUGCAAAAAGACUACGAUUCCAUGAAAGCUAGCUACGAGAAGCUCAAGGUAAUUGCACUGAAAGAGAAGGUGUGA